UUGAACGUCCAAUUUUUAUCGUCGGAUGCUGAUCGCAAUCCCACAUCAUCAUGAAGCUAGUCAGAUUUCUUAUGAAGCUCAGUGACGAGACUGUCACCAUCGAACUCAAGAAUGGAACCCAAGUACAUGGGAAAAUCACAGGUGUUGAUGUCAGCAUGAACACUCACUUAAAGUCAGUCAAACUCACACCAAAGAACAGAGAAACACAGCAGCUGGAAUCUCUCAGUAUCCGUGGCAACAACAUUCGGUAUUACAUCCUCCCUGACAGCCUCCCCCUGGAUCAACUGCUUGUAGAUGAUUCUCCCAGAGAGAAGAUGAGGAAGAAGCAGCAAUUUGGAUCAAUGGGAGGAAGAGGACGUGGACGAGGAGGAAGAGGUCGAGGGCGUGGUGGUCGUGGUAGGGGCCGUGGUGGAGGAGGAGGCGGAAGGAGAUAAACAUAGUACUUCACAUCGCAUAUGUACCUUUUGUCCUGAAUUGUAUAAAUCAUGGUUUGUCGCCUUCUAUUCCCCUAUUGCUCCCAGCCAUAAAACUCUUCAUGAAUACUUUCUGCCCAAAUUUGAGAACAUGAAUCCUUGAUCUGUUGCUAUGAUGGUAGGUAGAUGGAGAUCAUAUAAUCAGUGGGGGGUGGGGGUUUAUUCUGUCAAGCAAACCAGGGUUCCUGAUGAGGGAUUGUGAAGUAUAGAGAUUGUUGAUGGUGCAAAGCAGCUUCUCUUUUGCUUUUUCAUUCAUUCACCAGAAAUCAAAUACGUAUGUUAAUUAUAAGUUAGAGAACCUUUGCAGGGAAGGAACAUUUUCAGGAUGAUGUAAAGAUGUGGGAAGAGUUUCAUGAAGCAGAGUUGUCAGUGAGGUUUGCUCUCGGCCAAUCAAAUGCUGGGAUUCCAGUCGCUCAUUAAAGUUGUGAGUGUGAAUAUCAUCUACCAAAUGCUUCAUGAACUGUCCUUUUGGCUCUCAUCUCUUAUAACUGUGACUGUUAUUUCAGUUUUCUUUGAAAAUAGCACUUAUUCUUGUAUUCCGAGGCAUGUUUCAGGUAUGAAACCCUUAGGACAUAGUGUAAAAGUGAUUCAAUAUUGCAGUUUUCAGAAAUCUGCAAGUAAUGUUUCACGAUUCUGCAGAAUUAAGAGGGAUGAUAUAUGGAAACAGAAUUGUUUGAUGAUGAAUGUCUUUGAGUAAUUAUUGUUCACUCAGAAAGAAAAUGUAGCCCUGAUCAGUUUAAUUGAGGCUACCUGCAUCUGUUUCUUUUGAGAAAUGAAAUAUCUAUAUACAAUGUUGCCAUCAUAGAAAGUUGUUUCCAUUGAAGAAGGUGUUGAUACACUGACAGUGAUGUGGUCUGGGCAGUAUUUUGAAGGAAAUUUCUCGAAUUAGUAAGCUACAUGAAAUUUUAAGACAUAAUAUGCUGCAACAUGCAAUUUAGCUAUGUGUAUUCCAGUUACACGCAUCACAGAAAUGUGUUAACAACUACUCUAUCAUGAUAUACCAAAGAUAUUGCAUGGGUGGUAAAAACACUGUCUUAGAAUUGAUUGAGCACUAUUGUAUUAAAGAUGCCCAGUGGUAGAAUGUCACAGGAAGUGGACCUUUGUUUGUGUCAUUACAUUGUGCAGACGAGAAACUGUGUUAAGCUAGGUAAAUCAAUUCUUCUUAUUCCCAUUAUUGAGAAAUUGGUGGUAUAUUUCAAAUCCUUCUCGACUUGCAUAUUUAUUCUGUCAUGAAAAUAUGUGGAAGA